AUGGAUUGGCUAGAUGAUAUGGAUAUUAAUCUGUCCCUAAAAAUAAUAGCCGACUCUUCACCAGAUGCUGCUAUGGUGGGGUAUCCUAUUCCCCCACAAAGCAAAAUAAGCACACUAAUAUAUAGCAGCUUCUACUUUGAGUCGCUUCGGCUUCGCGGAAUGGAAUGCAUUUCCAAAUGGAUAGAAGGGCUGGAUCUCAGCAAAAUUAACAGUAUUAUAUUUCCUGUGUACAGUGAAAACCACUGGUCGCUGUGCUAUAUAGAUGUUAAAAAAGAAACAGCCAAAGUUUUUGACUCACUCCGGCCAUGCCAUCUAGAAAUAUCGAGUGUUCUUCUAUUGCACAGCCAUGUAAAGAAGGUUUUAUACAGCAGCAAGUGCACACAGCAGAAAAACGGCUCUGACUGUGGUAGAUAUGUACUGUAUUAUGCAAGGUGCCUAGUUGCCAAUAAAAGAGACAGACUCAAUAGAGAAGUGCCGCCGAAGUUCCUUUAUAAGCUCCAGAAAUGGAUUAAAAAGAGACGUGAGGAAUGCGCUGAAAAAGAAAGAAAGGAAUUGAACAACAUGUAA